UGAUGAUGAUGAAUCGAUAGAAGAAAGAGCUGCUGCUUUCUUUCACCUGUCCGCUUGAGCUCGGUUUGUCUCGCUCGCCGCGAAUAAAGCGAAGCGUUCGGUUCGAUCCUUCACUUCAAUGAGGCUGUUCGCGAACUAUUGGAGUACUCCAGCUUUGCCACAGCAGCACCGUAGAGUAACGUUACUCCCCUCGCGUCAUGUCUCACUCUGAGAGAUGGGCAAGUUCGACGAUCACGAGAGGGUGAUCCUCAACGUCGGGGGCACGAGGCACGAAACCUACCGGACCACGUUGAAGACCCUGCCGGGCACGCGUCUGGCCCUGCUCGCCUCAGAGUCGGACCUCGGGUCGGUUCUGGACCAGCUGCAACAAGUCCCGGGCUUCAUCGAGUACAACGCGCGCAGCAACGAGUAUUUCUUCGACCGGCACCCAGGCGUCUUUGCCUACGUGCUCAACUAUUACCGGACCGGUAAGCUGCACUGCCCGGCGGACGUGUGCGGGCCGCUGUUCGAGGAGGAGCUGUCCUUCUGGGGAAUCGAUGAGACGGACGUGGAGCCGUGCUGCUGGAUGACCUACCGACAGCACCGGGAUGCCGAGGAAGCGCUGGAGGUGUUCGAGAUGAACGUGGACAACGACGAGGACGACGAGUACGGCAAGCGGCUUGGCAUCGAGGACGUGGUGUCCGCGGACGGUACCGGCAGCAGGUGGAGAAAGUGGCAGCCGGUCAUCUGGAACCUGUUUGAGGACCCGUACUCCUCCAGAGCCGCUCGGUUCAUCGCGUUCGCCUCCCUGUUCUUCAUCCUGGUCUCCAUCACAACCUUCUGCCUGGAGACGCACGAGGCCUUCAACACGAUCAUCAACAAGACGGAGGCGUUCCGCAACGACUCCUUCACGGACUUCAGCCAGCAGUACGAGAUCGAGACGGACCCGGCACUCACCUACGUGGAGGGCGUCUGCGUGCUGUGGUUCACCUUCGAGUUCCUGGUGCGCGUCACCUUCAGCCCGGACAAGCUGGAGUUCGUCAAGAGCAUCCUGAACAUCAUAGACUUUGUGGCCAUUCUGCCCUUUUACCUGGAGGUGGGCUUGAGUGGACUCUCCUCCAAAGCCGCCAAAGACGUCUUGGGAUUCUUGCGCGUUGUCCGCUUCGUGCGCAUCUUGAGGAUCUUCAAGCUGACGCGGCACUUCGUCGGUCUGCGCGUAUUGGGACACACCCUCCGGGCGAGCACUAACGAGUUCCUGCUGCUCAUCAUCUUCCUAGCAUUGGGCGUCCUCAUCUUCGCCACCAUGAUCUACUACGCCGAGCGGAUCGGAGCCAGCCCCAACGACCCGACGGCCAGCCACCACACCAUGUUCAAGAACAUCCCCAUCGGCUUCUGGUGGGCCGUGGUCACCAUGACCACUCUGGGCUACGGAGACAUGUACCCUCAGACGUGGUCGGGCAUGCUGGUCGGCGCGCUUUGCGCCCUCGCCGGAGUGCUGACCAUAGCCAUGCCCGUGCCCGUCAUCGUCAAUAACUUCGGCAUGUAUUACUCGCUCGCCAUGGCCAAACAGAAGCUCCCUAAGAAGAGGAAGAAGCACAUCCCUCAGACGGCGCAGACCGGCUCGCCGUCCCCCCGCAAGCAGUUUGCAGAGUACGGCUGUUUCUAA